AUGAGCUCCCUCAAGCGUGCCUGGCCCCAGCUCUUCCCCUCUAAGGGCACUCUUACCGCGUCCACCAUCCCCUCGCAAACCGGCAAAGUCGUUAUCGUCACCGGCGCCACCGCUGGCAUCGGCCUCGAACUGAUCAAAGCCCUCUAUUACGCCGGCGCUACCGUCUACCUUGCCGCGCGCAACAAGGACAAAGCCGAUGCCGCCAUCGCCGACCUCCAGGCUUCUUCCUCCUCCUCUGCCGGCUCUCUCCACUUCCUCCCUCUCGACCUCAACGACCUGCGCACUGUCAAACCCUUCACGCAGGCCUUCCUGGCUGCGGAAUCCCGUCUCGACCUGCUCUUCAACAACGCCGGCGUCGCCAACCAGCCACCGUCCCGCCGCACCCAACAAGGCCUGGAACCCCAUAUCGGCAUCAACUGCGUCGCGCCCUACCUGCUCACCCAGCUCCUCGCGCCCCUCCUGACUGCCACCGUCGCCCUGACAAACACCCGCGCCAACAGCGUCCGCGUCGUCUGGUCGACUAGCAUGCUGGUCGAGUUCCUGGCCCCGACCGAGGGCGUUCCCCCGGCGGAGCUGGAGCAUCCGUCUGCCGAUCAAAACCGGAACUACGCCAUCAGCAAGGCGGGGAACUGGUUCCUCGCCGACCGUCUGGCCCGGCAGCUGGGCGAGCGCGGCGUCGUCAGCGUCGCGCAGAACCCGGGCAAUAUCUACACGGGCAUCUUUGACGAGGCGCCGCGCCUGACCGUCUGGUUGUCCAAGCCGCUGUAUUAUAGCCCCGUGGAGGGCGCGCAGACCAUGCUGUGGGCCGGGCUGGCCGAGGAGGUCGAGGUGAAGGAUGGCGGGCAGUUUGUGAUUCCGUUCGGGCGAUGGCAUCCGUGUCCCAGGGAGGAAUUGCUGGAGGCCAUGAAAGAGAGGAACGAGGGGGGGAAGGGCUACGGGAGGGUGUUUGAGGAAUGGUGUGCGAAACAGGUGGAAAGUUUUCGUUAA